CGUUGGUGCUGGCGCCUGGGGGCGGGGGACCGGGGAGGCGAGAAGGGGGGUCGCUGCGGUGGUUCUCUCGCUAUCGCGCUCUCCUUGCCUAUCUCCCGACUCGGUGGGUUCCUCCUGGCGUCUCCCUAGCCUCCGGGGCCCCACUCCCCGCCCCCCGCGGUAUGUCUUGAUCCCGAACAGCGGGUUUCAUGGGGCUCCUCAGGAUUAUGAUGCCGCCUAAGUUGCAGCUGCUGGCAGUGGUGGCCUUCGCGGUGGCGAUGCUCUUCUUGGAGAACCAGAUACAGAAAUUGGAGGAGUCCCGGUCGAAGCUAGAAAGGGCUAUCGCAAGACACGAAGUCCGAGAAAUUGAGCAGCGACAUACAAUGGAUGGCCCUCGGCAAGAUAUGUCUUUAGAUGAGGAAGAGGACAUGGUGAUCAUUUAUAACAGAGUCCCCAAAACUGCGAGCACCUCUUUUACCAAUAUUGCCUAUGACCUGUGUGCAAAGAAUAAAUACCAUGUCCUUCACAUCAAUACUACCAAAAAUAAUCCGGUGAUGUCACUGCAAGAUCAAGUGCGCUUUGUUAAGAAUAUAACUUCCUGGAAAGAGAUGAAACCAGGGUUUUAUCAUGGACAUGUUUCUUAUUUGGAUUUUGCAAAAUUUGGUGUGAAGAAGAAGCCAAUUUACAUUAAUGUCAUCAGGGAUCCUAUUGAGAGGCUAGUUUCUUACUAUUACUUUCUGAGAUUUGGAGAUGAUUAUAGACCAGGGUUGAGGAGGCGAAAACAAGGAGAUAAAAAGACAUUUGACGAAUGUGUAGCUGAGGGCGGCUCGGACUGUGCUCCAGAGAAGCUCUGGCUUCAAAUCCCGUUCUUCUGUGGCCACAGCUCGGAAUGCUGGAAUGUGGGAAGCAGGUGGGCUAUGGAUCAAGCCAAGUAUAACCUCAUUAAUGAAUACUUUCUGGUGGGAGUUACUGAAGAGCUGGAAGAUUUUAUCAUGUUAUUGGAGGCAGCUUUGCCCCGGUUCUUCAGGGGUGCUACCGAACUCUAUCGUACAGUAGGAAAGAAAUCUCAUCUUAGGAAAACCACAGAGAAGAAACUCCCCACUAAACAGACCAUUGCAAAACUGCAGCAGUCUGACAUUUGGAAAAUGGAGAAUGAGUUCUAUGAAUUUGCACUAGAGCAGUUCCAAUUCAUCAGAGCCCAUGCUGUUCGAGAAAAAGAUGGAGACCUCUACAUCCUAGCACAAAACUUUUUCUACGAAAAGAUUUACCCUAAAUCAAACUAAGUACAAGAUGUGGCUGUUAGAUUCUUGAACUAAUGUUUUGACCCUCUCUUCACCUUAGUUCUCAACUCCACAAGUUGGAUUGCUGAUAGGUGUAUAAGACAAUUUGUAUUAUACUGAUUUAGAAAACAGGAAAAUAACAUCAAGGAAGUAGUUACUGGCUGGUAUGUCAGUGUUCUAAGAAGUUUAAGUCGGGGUUUUGUUUUUCAUUUUUCUGGUUAGAUUUUGGUGGGAGUUACAACUUCCUGCCUGAAAAAAACCUACACUUCACCUAAAAUACACACAUAGCAGGUCUAAUCAAAAGGCUAAAUACAAUUUCAGAAAAGGUUCUGAUACCCUGUUUUUGACAAAGCUUUUUUCCAACUAAACAUGAAUGAAGAUGAAUCCAUUUGCUAUUUCCACCUUCACCUGGAGGUUUGGGUUACACGCCUCUACUGAAUAGUGUUAAUAGCUGGUCGACAGUGUGUGCUUGUUUCUGUGAAUCAGGUCCAAUGAAAUUUGUUGGAAUGUUUAUCAUGUUUGCUAAGAAAUGUUUCUGCUGUAGCUGAAUUUGCCCAUAUUAUGUAGGUUGUUUUAAUUCUUUUAAAAUGCUGAUUAGUGUUAAAAAAAAAUUUUAACCAUUACUAAUACUGUGAAAAAAAAAUAGAGUCAGAGCAGUAUUUCUCAUUCCUGCCUCCCCAGUGUCAAGAUUGGGAAGACACUUCAAAGAAUGUUGACAUUAUCUGAAAUUUUACUUAAGACUUCCAUACACUGAUAUAAAAAAAAAAGUAAGUUUAGAUUUGUUUCUCUGUGGAUUAUUUGUAAUAGCUGUAAACUGAAAUAUCGGUGACUCUAUUUGACUCCAUUAGUGAGCUGUGGUAUGGGUAGGGUUUUCCUACUUCUUCUGUACUUUUACCUGUAGACUAUUUUUACUAAGGUGCUUUAUAAUGUGUUUUAAAGCAUUGCAUUUACAAAAAAGGAAAAUGCUGUAAAUAUUGCAUAUUUUAUGUAUUUGGACCAAAACGUUAUAAGUAAUUAAACAAAAAUGGUUUUGCACCAAUUUUAUUAUGUCAAGUAAAACCAUCAGACCUACUAUUCUUGUAUUUUUCAUUUAACCUUACUGUCAAGACGUCACUGAAAUGAAUUUCAGUAAUCUUUCAAUUUUGAUACACAGUACAUUAUUCAAAAUUGGAGCAGUAUUUAUGGUGAAAAGAGUAUGGACAGAGUCAGAAUACUUGAUUUCUGGUCCUGGCUCUUCCACUUAUCAGCUUUGUGACCUUGGGCAAGUCAUUUAACCUCUCCUUGCCUCCAUUUCCUCAUCUUCAAAUGAGGAUAAUAAUACCUGCUGUACCUACCUCACAGGGAUGUUGUGGGGAUUAAAUGAGAUGGCCUGUGAAAGCACUUUGAAAACAGUAAAGCGCUAUAUAAAUGUAAGGUAUUAUUGUAGAAACAUCCUUAACAUAGUUUCAUACCAUUCAUUUUUUAACACAAGAAAGGUAAAAUCCACUUACAAGCUGGUUGAAAAAAAGUCAAUUCAUAUUUGAUAAAUAUCUUAGCGUUUUAUCUUCUGUGUUUCAACAGCUUUUGAAAUAUGAAACACCUGUGAACUCUUAAAAUUCAUGAGCUGCUGCUUGAGUUCAGAAGGUUCCCUGUUUGAAAUAGACUUCCUUAGCUGACUAAGGGCAGGAGAAACUUUUGUCUCCAAAUUUGAAAGAUUUUUCUGUUUUUAUUUUACAUUACCAGUCAGAAAUGGUAACUGUUUUAUACUUAUGGUUUCUAAGGUAUAUUUUGUGGAGUUUAAUUUCCCUAUGCAUUCUUUUUCCCCUUCUCGGAGUGACAGAGGUAAAGAAUUUUAGAAACAGAUUUUCUAAAAGAAUAGCUUUUAAUAUGUUUAGUUUAAAUAAGUAUUCCAGAACAGGGGUUCACCAAACUAUGUAUACAUUUUAGACAGGUAUCUUUAAAGGUUAUUAACUGGAGAGGUGUUUGGGUGGGGAGCACUACUUAUCAGAAAACUUUAACGAACAGAUUUGAAGAAAAAUUAAAGGAAGAUGAUAAAAAGAAUCAUUUUAGCACCCUUUCUUCCCAGUAAUAUGAAAAUAUUAAGAGAACACAUCCAGGAAUACUUUUCUUACUUAGAUUU